AUGGGCAACGGCGAAUCAAAACCCAAGAAGAAACCCAUGUUCAGAGGUUACGCCAGAAGACCCGGAGAGUGGAAGCCUUGGAAAGUUGGGUUUGAGAUUAGGGAUGAAUUGUUGGAUCAUCCGAAAUGGAGAGAUGGUAAGUUCUUCCCUUUUUUUGGGAGGCUGAAGAGCUGUGAGACGAGUAAAAUCUUGCCGUUGAUUUGUUGUCUCGCAUGGAAGGUUCUUAGGUGGGAGGUGGGAGGUGGGAGGUGGGAGAAGCGAAACUUGAGAAUAAGCGAGGUCUCAGGGGUCUUUCACUCCUUCACUCCCCCACUAUCUACCAUAAUCCCUCACNUGGAAGGUUCUUAGGUGGGAGGUGGGAGGUGGGAGGUGGGAGAAGCGAAACUUGAGAAUAAGCGAGGUCUCAGGGGUCUUUCACUCCUUCACUCCCCCACUAUCUACCAUAAUCCCUCACAGUCUACUUUUGUAAUCUCAACUAAUUCCAAGAUAGCACCUGAACUGCCACCUCGAAACACGAAAGCGGAAAAGCUAGAGAAAGCCAAGAAAGAAGCCUUUGAAAAGGGCUUUACGAUAGGUGUUCAACAAGGUCAAAGACAGACUGGACGUGGCAAAGGGGGGGCACCCAGUGGAAUGAGUAGAGGUGGCGGUAGUAAGGGCUGUGGGCGUGGUAUGGGAGGUGGUAGAGGACCUACUAGCUACAAUCCUGGUGGCAGUAGUAGGAUAUGA